GGUACAAAUCUGGUUUGAGUAGGAGGCAAGGAUUCCAUUAAUUUUGAAGAUCUUUCGAUUUGUCAUAAUAAACUGAGGCGCUGUAGGCAUGGCCUUCUGCAUCUCAUACGGACACAGGCAACAGACACCAUGACAGGCAUUUAAGAGUCCACACAUUUCCGGAUAGGAAAGAUCAAAGUCCAGUACGAGCCCGUCCUUAAGAUCAUAUCCUCAGAUAACCCUGAUUUUGCCAACUUAGUAGCGGUCCUUCUAAUUCAGAAGUUACCGUUUCUACUAGGACAUAGCCUACAGUGGGGAACUUAACAAGAGUUGGGAGGACGGCUGAUCGGUCGCUAUGCCAACACCUGUUGAUGUGAUUGUGGUUGGAGCUGGCAACCGUGGGGAGACAUACUCCAGUUAUGCUGCCCUUCACCCUCUCAGGAUGCGGGUAGUUGGAGUGGCGGAUCCAAGGCUGUUUGCCCGACGUAAAUUGCAAGAAAAACAUCAAAUACCUGAUGAAAAUGUAUUUGAUGAUUGGAGAUCCAUUGUAGAGAGAGACAAGUUUGCAGAUGCUAUAUUUAUCUGUACCCCUGACCGACUUCAUAAGGAUCCAGCUGUGGCACUAUCCAGAAAAGGCUAUCAUAUCCUACUGGAGAAACCCAUGGCUGUUACAGAAAAGGACUGUACAGAAAUUGUGGAAGCUUGCAUUCACGCUGGUGUAAUGCUCACAGUAUGCCAUGUUCUCCGAUAUGAUCCUCUCAUCCACAAAAUAAAGGUGCUGUUGGACAGCGGAGCCAUUGGGGAUGUGAUCCAUAUACAACAUCUGGAGCCGGUGGGCUUCUAUCAUUUUGCUCAUUCCUUUGUCAGAGGGAACUGGAGGAACGAGGAGCAGAGCUCAUUUUCCCUCUUGGCCAAAAGCUGUCAUGACUUGGACCUCAUCCACCACUGGGCCAGUGGCCGCAGGUGUAUAAAAGUUUCAUCAUUUGGGUCUCUGAGUCACUUCCGCAAAGAAAACAAGCCUGCUGGAGCUGCUGAUCGCUGCUUAGACUGUCCUGUGGAAGCAAACUGUCCAUACUCAGCUCGCAAAAUCUACCUUGACGCAGUGAAACAGGGUUGUGUGGGCUGGCCUGUGUCAGUCAUCUGUUCCAGCUCCCUUCCAGACAUCGAGUCUGUGACGGAGGCCCUGUGCACUGGUCCCUACGGUCGGUGUGUGUACGAGUGUGACAAUGACGUCUGCUCCAAUCAGGUUGUAAACAUGGAGUUUGAAGGAGGGCUCACAGCUGCGUUUACCAUGGUAGCUUUCACAGAAGAGAUGUGUCAACGGAAAACUACUAUUUAUGGCACCAGGGGGGAGCUCCAGUACAACGGCCACGAUAUCAGCGUGUUUGACUUUCUCACACAGAGGUCCACUAAGCAUUCGGCGGAUUUGAAAGCCCCUGGGAGUUUUGCUAUGAAAGGCCAUGGAGGGGCAGAUUAUCACCUUGUGGAUGCUUUCAUCUCGGCUGUGGCAAGUGAGGACCCUGCUCUCAUCUGCUCUGGUCCGAGAGAGACCUUGGCGAGCCACAGGCUGGUGUUUGAAGCGGAGCGCUCGCGGCUGGAGAAUAGAGUAGUGUUCUGUGGUAAUGAACAGGAUGCAAAGACCCAGAAAUGAUUAAAGUAGUUUCGAACAAGGUGGAUGGUUCUUAGGGAGGGUUUCAUGAUCGGAUAGGGAAUUUCAGUGAAGGUUUAAAUCUGUUAUUCAAUGCUAUGAUUGAUAAUAACAUUAAUAGGAUAAAAAGACAUUUGAUGUCAUAUGAUUGUGUUUGGAUUUUGCAAAAUUAAAACCUGAGAACCUGAGUUGCACAAAUAUAUACCUCACUCUUAUACAAACCACUGUGACCAACUUUUUAAAUGAUGUUCUUCUGUGAAAUGAUUUGCACUAUAUUUUGUGAAAAACAUUUGAUUGAGUGAAAAUGACUUUUAUAUUUAUACUGUGAUGAAAAUUCACACAAAUGAAAUAGAUUGUAGAUUCUGUUCACAGUUCGAUCUUGUGAAUCAACACGAAUGAUGUUUGGGUGUCCACAGAGCACUGUAACACUGCCAUCGUCUUUAUCAAAACAUGUAAUGCAACAG